UCGAAUUUCACCGACGCGCGCGUAUCGAAAAAGACGGGGGGAAGUCGACGGUCCGUCGUUCGGCUCGGUGGGUGCGCAGGUCGGAACGUGUCCGCGUCUCGUCGUUCUGCCGUCUCCGCUUACCGUGCGGCCAAUUCGAGAGCGGGGCUCUGUCGGGUACGAUGCGCGGCUCAAGGCAGCGGAGCAAGCGUUGCCGUUGAUAACGCGGGUCCGCCCGCUAGCUAGCUAGCUAGCUUGCUUGGCUGGGGAGCUGGUACGUGUUGUGUUCCGGCUAAAACCUGGAAGGGGGAGAAGAAAACCUGCUAACGUUGAAAACCCGCCCGAGAACCCAAACCCCGGGCCGACCGUGGGCCCUACGGAUGGCUGCCACGGCAGAAGCCACCACCAGUAGCAUGUCGAAGAGGGCUCUGACGGUGCUGUGCGGCGACAAAGAGCUCAGCAGCGAGGAUGGUGAUUUUGACCAAACUGCUGAGGCAAGUGAUCUUUAUGACGCUGUUCUAACUGGCUCAUUCAAUCAGAUGAAGGAGGUGCAUUCAAAAGUCGAGAAACCGGCUUAUAAGGAAGCCCUAGCCAGAGUGGAGAGCCAUGCGUCAACAGUGAACAUCUACAGUGGAAGAAGCUUUAAGAAAUUUUCUUUAUAUAUUGGCAAUUUCACCUGGUGGACAUCUGACAGAGACCUCGUUGACUUGGCCUCUACACUGGGAGUGAACGACAUUCAUGACAUCAAAUUUGCAGAAAAUGGUGUCAAUGGCCAGUCAAGAGGCUAUGCAAAAGUGGUGGUGUCCACAGAAGAGUCACUGAAGAUAUUGUUGCGUGAUAUACCAACUUGUCGACUAAAUGGGGAAAACCUCAAGUGCUGUGACAGUCAUGGAGACCUUGGUGCAUUUCAGGCGAUGGCAGAAAAACGUAUUCCCCUGCGGGCUAAUUCAAAAGGUUCCAUAGAAUUUGACGUUGGGAACGGGGUCCCCACAUCAACACCUCAGCAGCCCGGCCCUCCGAUCAUACCCCCUUGCUUGCCCCCUCCCCCUCUGGCGAAUAAAUUCCCUUCACCAUACACCCCUUUCUAUAACCAUCCCCCUCCUCCUUUGCCAUAUAUUAUGCCAAAUGCACCUCCAUCAUUCCCACCCUACCCGUUACCCGUUCAUAUGGACCAUGUCACCAGCCAGCCACCCCCAAAUCUUCAUAUUAAUCCAGGAUUCUUCAAUCCAGCUCAUGAUAGCCACAACAGAAAGGAAUAUAGCCAGCAAAAACACAUGGAUCAACCUUCAAAUCCAGCUCUUGAGGAGCUAAUUAACAAAAACAGAGCGAUUACCAGCAAGGCCAUCACAAAGGCUGUGUCAGGAGCAACGUCUGGAGACUUGCGACUGGCCAUAGAGACUCUUUUGACCGCCAUUACAGGCAUUAAGCAGUCCACGGUGUAUGAGGAUCAGCGGUGUCAGGCCCUUGUGACCUCUCUCAAAGACUGUCUAGUCUCCAUCCAGGCCAACUUCGGAGUCAGGAACAGCCGACGUUCUCAGAACAGAGAGAGGGACUGGGACAGGGAUCGUGAGAGGGAGGAGUCCCAUGAGUGGGAAGCCGCCGGAAUGUCCCGCAGGUACAGAGAACGUUCCUGGAGCGGGGAGAGGGGAGGAAUGCGGGAACGAGACAAGCAUAGAGACCACAGAGACAGAUACCGCUAGCAAAACCUUACCGGCCUUCCCACUUAAAAAGUGAAUCCGAGAGAAGAUGGGACUUUUUUUCUGCACGAAGAUGUAAAAAGGCAUCAGAGGUUAUAGAGAACUAAUGGUGAGAUUUAAAGUACGUUUGUAACCCUCCCAUCAAAACUUUUAUAUGCAUUCUCAAAUCCUUUAGCUAUAAGUGGCUCCAUUUUUUAUUUAUGCACUUUUUGUGAUACAAUUUAUGGAUGACAUUGUUUAAUUUAGUAGCUGUUUUUUGGUUUUGAACAAGAGGCAACGAUUUUUCGCUGUUCAGAAAUCCUUAAUUUGAUGUACAGUAUUUUAUACUGAAUGUUUUGUUUUGUGUUUAUUUUGAAGUUGGCAUUUUGUUAAAUACCUGAAAAAUAUUCUAGGAGCUUAAUCUCAAUCCUGCUUCUAAAGGCUGUUGUACCUUUUACAAGUGGAUGCAUGCUGUCGUGUUCAAUAAAAUCGUUGUAAGUAGUUCGU